CUCAGCCAGUGCGCCGCCGCCGCCGCUGCCCGGAAAAUUUCCACAACACGAGCUUCCUGCAGGAGAACGAGCGGCUCAGGAGCGGCCAGCAGCCUUCGUGCAACGAUGCCGCUGCAGCCUACACCAAAGAAGAAGUAGCACCGCAGGACACGGUCCACCGACCCCGGCAGUCCGACUCCUGAAGGGGGAGAGAACAGUGAUGUUGCAUGACAACAUGCCUCGAUACAAAUUCUGAAUGAUUGAAGAUUCCAGACGGAGAAGUGACAACAUGGCAGAUAGAAGGCAACUGUUUGUCGAGAUGAGGGCUCAGGAUUUGGAUUCCAUACGAUUAUCAACAUACAGAACAGCCUGCAAACUCAGAUUUGUGCAGAAGAAAUGCAAUCUGCAUCUGGUUGAUAUCUGGAAUGUCAUUGAGGCUUUUCGAGAGAAUGGGCUCAACACCAUGGACCUCAAUGCGGAGCUCUCUGUGGCUCGUCUGGAGAUGGUGCUGUCCACUAUAUUUCACCAGCUGAAUAAACGCAUGCCCACCACCCACCAGAUCAACGUGGAGCAGUCCAUCAGCCUGCUGCUGAACUUCCUGCUGGCAGCCUAUGACCCGGAGGGCCAUGGCAAGAUAUCUGUCUUCGUUGUGAAGAUGGCACUAGCAACCAUCUGUGGUGGGAAAAUGCUGGACAAAUUAAGAUAUAUUUUUUCACAGAUAUCAGAUUCUGCUGGAAUAAUGGCAUACGCACAGUUUGACCAAUUUCUGAGGGAGGUUCUCAAAUUACCGAUGGCGGUUUUUGAGGGGCCUUCAUUUGGUUACACAGAACAAGCAGCGAGAACCUGCUUUGCACAGCAGAAAAAAGUCUCGCUCAACACAUUCCUCGAUACGUUGAUGUCAGACCCGCCCCCUCAGUGUCUGGUUUGGUUGCCGCUCAUGCAUCGGCUCGCCAACGUGGAGAACGUCUUUCACCCGGUCGAGUGCUCCUACUGCCAUACUGAGAGUAUGAUGGGCUUCCGCUACCGCUGCCAGCAAUGUCAUAAUUACCAGCUCUGUCAGGACUGCUUCUGGAGGGGGCAUGCCAGUGGUUCCCAUAGCAACCAGCACCAAAUGAAGGAGUAUACGUCAUGGAAAUCCCCUGCUAAGAAGUUAUCCCGUGCACUCAGUAAGUCACUGAGCUGUGCAUCCAACAGAGAGCCUCUUCACCCCAUGUUUCUCGAAAUGCCAGAGAAACCUCUCAACCUAGCUCAUAUUGUGCCUCCUAGACCUGUAAACAUCACCAAUGACUACUCAUUCUCCCACUCCAUGCCUACAUCAGGGAACCCGUACUCCACCAAAAACAAGAAUAAUGAUGUUGAGCACAUAAAGCCCUUGACUGAGGCUGCUCCACAUCUGUUGAAAGGGAAAGGGUUGAACUACAACCUUGAUGUUGCCGAUAGACUUGCAGACGAACAUGUUCUGAUUGGCCUCUAUGUGAAACUCCUCCAAAACAACCCCAAAACCUGUUUGCUAGAGAGCAGUAACCAUCAAGAUGAAGAGCACAGUCUCAUUGCCCGCUACGCUGCUCGACUGGCUGCUGAUGCUGCGGCUCAACAGCAGCGGAUCCCCACAGACCUUCCCUGCUCUCUGGAUGCCAACAAACAGCAGAGGCAGCUCAUUGCUGAGCUUGAGAGCAAAAACAGAGAAAUCCUGCAGGAAAUCCAGCGUCUGCGUCUCCAGCAUGAGGAGGCCUCCUUGCCACCUCCUGACAAGGGUCAGCAGAAUCCCACUCUGCUGGCUGAGCUUCGUCUUCUCAGGCAACGCAAAGAUGAGCUUGAACAAAGAAUGUCUAGUCUCCAGGACAGUCGCAGGGAACUCAUGGUGCAGCUGGAGCAGCUAAUGAUGCUUCUCAAGCUGGAGGAGGAACGGAAACAAGCUACUCAGGGCCCGGGCUCUCCACGCUCUUCCCCCAGCCACACCAUCAGCCGUUCAAUCCCCACACCGAUCCACUCAGACUCUGCUGUCACGACCCCGACUCACACACCUCAGGACUCACUCAUGGGCGUGGGCGGGGACGUCCAGGAAGCCUUCGCUCAGGGUCCGAGGAGAAAUCUGAGAAAUGACCUGCUCAUCGCCGCUGACUCCAUCACCAACACAAUGUCGUCACUGGUCAGGGAACUCAAUUCAGAGGGUGGAAGUGAGAGUGAGAGCACUGCGGAUUCAGACUUUGGACGCAGUGACCUGUUGGCAACGACCUCCUCAGAUCCCUUCUUCACAUAUAAAACAAGGAUGACCAGUGCUGCAGAUGCAGAGAGCUUUGAGAACGACCUAGAGCAGCAGCUGGAGGACGAGCUGAAGAUGGAGGAGCUAAUGAAGCACCGGCAGGAGCCAGACAAAACAUGCAUGGUGACUCUGCAGCAGUGACUGUGUCAGCCCAUGUUACUGGUGAGCAAUAUGAAAAGCAACAAUAGUAGAAGACACUGGAUGGGCCAACACCAAUGAGCACUGAAGAAACAAAGAAUUUGAGUUGAAAACAAUUGUUAAAUCCAACCACAGAAUACAUUUAUGUAAAGAUAUAUAUUUUUAACCAACCACAUAUUUAAAAUAAUACUGUGAGCUGAUGUAAAGAGAUGAAUUAAUGAGCUGUCUAUGAUACCACAGGUGCCAUAAAAACGUCAUGAUUUGGGGGAUUUUUUUUUUUCUUUAUUUUGUCCUUUUUAUAUGAGUUGUAAUCAUUUUACAACAAAACGGUACGUACAUUCAGUGACAAUACUGAUUAUUUUAAAUGUUCAUGUUUCCGAGUUGGUUUUCAAUGAAGUGAAAAGUUGUCUGGUUUAUGUUUAGAAUUAUGUUUGAGUUGAAAUGAUUGCAAUCUUUUGUAAAUGGCCGAGAUGGGCAGACUAUGUCACUAUUCCAUAGAUUUAUUAUUGUUGCUGUCAAGUGGCUUUUGCAUUAUUUUUCAUUGUGACCUUUUUUAUGGAGCAGGCAAACUGCUACUGAUCAAAUAUACGUAAAUAGAGUUCUUUGACUAGUCAAACCAAUACACUAUGCCUUAGCUGACUGCAAGCUUGUUCAAAGUGUCAAUGCCACUUGUACAGUAGAUAACAACAUGACGAGAUCAGCAGCAAUGCUAGAUGUGUUUACCGGGAUAAAUGAGGUGAAACUCGUUUUAUCUGAUGCUUGGAAUGGAUUUUAUCUGCUAAUAUGUACACUGACUACAUACAAAUGGUUAAAGAAACAUAAGUUAAAGACAAGAUCAAAAGCAUCUUAGAAUAUAUUGAAAUAAAUAUGUAACAGAGAGUUGAAAUUCAAAGGUUAACACUGGUAAGGACAUUGAACAAUUUGUGUUUACAAUUAAGGGUUUAUGGAUUAAGGUCUGAUCAUCACUCAUUUGCCUUUGCGUCAUUUGUUAGCACCAGUGCUCUCACACAAAUCUUUGGAUGACUUGCAAGACAAAAAUACACACUCUUGAUGUAUUUUACCGAGUGCGCAAAACUUUACUCAGUCACUUUGAGAAAAGUGGCAAGCCAAUCUAAAAUCAUAAAUGUGUGAAAUAUAUCUACUUUGAUUUUUUUUUUUCGGAGCAAGUUUAUAGCAGUGAUUUUGCAUGGUGGUGAUGCAUAAUAAAGUGUUGACACAAUAUCACAA